AUGGACGAUCAAACGAAACCAGCACCAUCGACAACUGAUUUUCAGUUGAAUAAAGAAAAAAUGAAAAAAUUAGCUGAAAAUGCAAAUGCAAUCAAAAUUGGUGGCAAGGGUACACCAAGACGAAAAAAGAAAAUAAUUCAUCGUCCACCAAAUGCUGAUGAUAAAAAAUUACAAGGAUCAUUGAAAAAAUUGGCUGCAAAUAAUAUUCAAGGAAUUGAAGAAGUUAACAUGUUCAAAGAUAAUGGCGAGGUAAUACAUUUUUCUAAUCCAAAAGUACAAGCAUCAUUGUCAUCAAAUACAUUUGCUAUUAGUGGUCAAUCGGAUACAAAAUCAUUGACAGAUAUGUUACCAAGUAUUAUUUCACAAUUGGGUGCCGACAAUAUAUGGAAUGCCGGAAAUAAACUGAAAUUUCCACCUCGAUCAGCGGGUGAUAAUAAAACAUCAGAGUCUGGUAAUACAACAGGAGGAAAUGGUGCUACGGCAACAGGAGAAGUACAAGAUGACGAUGAUGAUGUUCCUGAUUUGGUCGAUGAUUUUGACAAAGCAUCAAAAGAGUGA